AGGUUAGCCCACCUAAAAAUGCCAGUAAAUAUUACGAAAAAUUCAAAGUUACGUCGGUGACGGUUGAAAUAAACAGUUUCCACAUCCAAAUUACCCGCGAUAUCUAUAUAUGUACGAACAAAUUCAAUUACACAUCAUUAUUAGCUAUGAAAAGUCCAUCGUUUGGUGGUGGCCGGCGCCGGAGUUCUAGUUCUGGCUUACCGGAAAAGAUGACCCACUCUCGGAGUUCAUCUAACUAUUCCUCUUCCACUGCUUCCACCUCUUCCCAUAAGUCAACCACCGGUUCCACUAAGAACCCCGUCAAGAACGCUGCCCGUACCAUGGCUGACGCUUUGGUGGCUUGUUUUACUCCGCCGGAGACGCCCAAAAACUCCGUCAACUUCAGUGUUUCUUCAGAUAAGUCGGAUGCUUCAAAUUCUGGUGGCGAGAGGAGAAGUGGUUCACAUCGGGGCAUCUAUGGUAGUUCCUGUAAUUCAACGCACAUAGGAGACCCAGGGAGUACUAAAUUCACCAUUGAAGAAAUCUACAAGGCCACCAAAAACUUUUCACCUAGCUUCAAAAUUGGACAAGGUGGUUUUGGGACAGUCUACAAGGGUCGACUUGAGGAUGGAACUUUGGUUGCAGUUAAACGUGCUAAGAAGAUUGUCUAUGAUAAACCUUUAGGUACAGAAUUUCAGAGUGAAGUUCGAACACUGGCACAAGUGGAACAUCUAAAUCUAGUUAAAUUUCAUGGCUAUUUGGAGCAGGAAGAUGAAAGGAUUAUUGUUGUUGAACAUGUUCCAAAUGGAACCCUUAGAGAACACUUGGACUGUGUGCACGGUAAUGUUCUUGAUUUUGCUGUGAGGUUAGAUAUAGCAAUAGACGUGGCACACGCAGUUACCUAUCUCCACAUGUACACAGCUCAUCCUAUCAUCCAUAGAGAUAUCAAGUCUUCUAACAUUCUCCUCACGGAGAAUCUAAGAGCUAAAGUUGCCGACUUUGGUUUUGCUCGGCUAGCAGCUGACAGUGAAUCUGGAGAGACACAUGUAUCGACCCAAGUUAAAGGAACUGCUGGCUAUUUAGACCCAGAAUACAUGAAAACCUACCAACUUACGGAAAAGAGUGAUGUUUAUUCAUUCGGUGUGUUACUAGUGGAACUAGUCACAGGCAGGCGUCCAAUUGAGCCAAAACGUGAUCUGAAGGAACGUAUUACCGCUAGAUGGGCUAUGAAGAAGUUAUCUGAUGGAGAUGCAAUCUUAACUUUGGAUCCAAGGCUACAAAGGUCUCCUGCAAAUAACUUUAUAAUGGAAAAGAUUCUUGAAGUAGCCUUGCUAUGUUUGGCUCCUCAUCGACGUAACCGACCUCCCAUGAAGAAGUGUGCCGAGAUGCUUUGGAGUAUUCGCAAGGACUACAAAGAAUUCUCAACUUCAGAUAUCCCUUCGCUCUCUUCGAAUGCUCAGAGAAGUAGUUCAAUCAGAGAAGAAUAAGCAAGCCGGUGCAAGUAUUUUCAUUCACGUUACUUGCUUCCAUUGAAAAUACAGAAAGAGUACUGAAGAUGGUAAACUAGCAUACAAUGUCGUAGUGGGAAGCGAAGAAAAGAGAGAACUUGAAGGGUGUUUGGCCAAUUGCAAAGAUGAUGAAGUGAUAUUUAGUUCAUGAUGUUUGGCUUCUGCAUGUAGGAAAAUCUUUUGAUAGAUUAUAUUUUGCCUUAGGGAAUUGUAUUUGUUGAUUUCAACAGUAUUUUUUCUAUAAUAAUCCACCUGUGAAAUUUGAGCGGCUUCUUGAAUUUGGUUCGAUUUA